AUGAAGUGCUGUGGAGCAGGUAAUAAACUUCACUUGAAAGAAUGUGAAUUUCUCAACGCUGUUGGUGAAAAUCAAGAAUUUUUAGAUAUCGUUCAACAAUGUAAAAAUGACGACGGUCUUAUCGAUCCAGAAGUGAUCAUUAAAGAAAUGGAGAAUUCGCCACACGAAAACAUCAAGCAAAAUGCUGAUGGUGUACGAAAAAAACUGAGAAAUUUUCUUCCGAACGACAAAAAUGAACAAAAACAUGUUUUGGAAGAGACCCUCCUAAUCAGUACACUCAAAGGUGGAAUGCAAGAUGCAAUCGAUAAAGCCAAAUCACCGAGAAAUAGUUUGAAAACGUAA